UUUGAAAACAAUGACCAUUCCUCAAGCAGGCCACACUGAAAAAUGCAGAAUCUGACCGACCUUCCAGGCAAUGCCAUCAACUCACAGAAGAGUCUGUCUGUGAUAAUCAAGGUGUGUGUGGUGAUCCCUUUCUUCUGCAUCUUUCUCUACUGCAUUGUGGUCAUGCUGCACACCUUCGCCUCCCACAGACAAUUCCUGGACAACUCCCGAUAUAUCCUGUUUGCCUACAUGCUGAUCAAUGACACUCUGCAGCUCCUCUCCUCUGUCCUUCUCUUCCUCUUCAUUGUUGGCAACGUGAAGUUUGCUAUCGUCUACUGUGCCCCUCUACUCUUCUUCUCCACCGUCACCUUCCACAACACCCCUCUGAUCCUGGCAGCUAUGUCCCUGGAGCGCUACGUGGCCAUCUUCUAUCCUCUGCAGCGUCCAGCUGCCUGGCACGCUGACCAUAUUUGGAUCAUCAUCCUGAGCCUGUGGCUUUUCAGCUGCAUCCUGCCCAUUGUGGACUUCUCUCUGGGAAAGCCUCAGCCUGACGUGAAUGUCCUCUCCACCCCGGUGCUCUGCAGAACCAUGGUCCUCAACUCGUCCCCUGUCCAGACACUGUUUAAGAUGUCCCUGAAUGGGCUGUUCUUCGCAGUGGUAUUGGCCAUCAUCAUGUUCACCUACAUGAGGAUCCUGCUGGAGACCAGGAAGGUGCGUCAGGACCGGGCGUCGGUGGCCAAGGCCGUGCAUACAGUGCUGCUCCACGGCUUUCAGCUACUUCUGUGCAUGAUCUCCUUCACCCAACCGGUCACAGAGAGCCUCAUCAGUGUGUACGCCGGCUUGCUGGCCGAGCACAUCUCCUUCUUCAUCUACUUCUGCUUCAUACUGCUGCCGCGCUUCCUUAGCCCGCUCAUCUAUGGCCUGAGAGAUGAGAGCUUGAGGUGCUACGUGAUGAGAGAUGUACUGUGCUGCUCACACAAACACAGGUUCAGUGUCAAGGUCAGGGUCAGCCCCAGAGCCCCGGCCACCACACAGACACUGGGUCAGGUUCAGCCCCAGAGCCCCGGCCACCACACAGACACUGGGUAAGGGUCAGCCCCAGAGCCCCGGCCAAUCUGUAUAUUAGUCAAUUAAAAUAUCUCAAAAGAGUAAAACCCUGGCUGGAUGAAAGGGGUGUCUUUAAAAAAACGUUUUCUUCAAACACAGAAGCUUACUUUGGCAUUGAGAAGGUUGCUUUACAGUAAACUGGAACACCAGAUGUCAUUAUUAUUCCAAACUUGUCAAGUUGUGGACAUGUUGCUGGUGCACAGAUACUGUAACUUGAGCCACCGGGCUAGAUGAAUGUGCGCCCAUAGGAAGACUUGCAGUUUCUUUGGCAAAAUAAAAAGAUUGAUAUUGAAAGCAAUAAGGGUUAGAUUAUUUGAUAUUCAGAGAGUUAUUAUAAAACCAUUUAAUGAGACUAAUAUACGUAGAGUGGAAAGGCGGAGGGACUGAGCACAUUAACACAUUAUAAUUCCAAAGUGCAAACUGUUGCUAUAAAGUUGGAGCAAAACCAGUUUUCCAAAUUACUAUACCUACCUACUGUAACAUGAAUGUUCAUUAAUCAUGCAACUUCAUGUAUGAGAUUGUUAUUAAUAAAUUAACAAGCGUUCUCAAACAUUCCUCCUGAUGACAGAUGAUGUGAAGUAAUGACUGCUCAUAUCUCAGCUGUCAGAGCGGCUCGUGCUCUGCUGAGAUAGAACACUGAGGGAGAAUCACACAGAAUGGCAGGACCGUUCAAGCGCAGCUUUCCUAAAUUAGGACAGUUUUGAGUCAAUUUAAGAAACUGACAUAAAUGUCAUAAUUUUACAGCAAGGCCACGAUGGCGAUUAGAGUCGACCAAAAAUCUGCUGCAAGUUUAAGCAACAUUUACAUUUUAAACUUCAUCCAGGACAUAAUGUGCGUGCAAAAUGCUAUAUUAUUUCAAAUCCAUUUACAAAGUCUGUGUUACAAUCAAUUCGAUUCCAUUAUCUUUGGUGAGAUGUAUACGUCCUUAUUGAACGUCAAACAAGCCAUGAAUGUUGAAAGACAACUGAUUGAUCAUUUAGAAACUUAUAUCGAACAUGAUUCGGAGAGACAUUGAAGACAUCAAAAGGUGAGUGACAGUUGGAUAGAUACAAUGGUGUAAAGUACUUAAGUAAAAUACUUUAAAGUACUACUUAAGUAGUUUUUUGGGUAUCUGUAAUUUACUAUUUAUCUUUUUGACAGCUUUUAGUUUUGCUCCACUACAUUCCUAGAGCGGACUCACUCACUGUUUGUAAAUGAUGUCUCUGUGUUGGAGUGUGCCCCUCACUAUCCGUAAAUUAAAAUAACAAGGAAAUCA